AUGGCAGCUAGUAGGAUGUGCUGGUCUCUUAUUUUAUUGGCAAUAAGCAUACAAAAAUCAGAACCAUCAACAGAUGUCAUGAAAUAUAUUGGUUCUGGAUUUGUGAAAGUUUAUGAAGAGUGUAAACAUGAGUUGAAUUUAUCCGAUCACAUCCUAGGAGAUUUGUUUCACUUCUGGAAAUUGGAGUACGACCAUCUGAAUAGAGAUACCGGCUGCAUGAUCAUCUGCAUGUCGAAGAAGCUGGAUCUGAUAGAUGCCAGCGGGAAGUUACAUCAUGGGAAUGCUAAAGAAUUUGCUAUGAAACAUGGAGCUGGAGAAGAAGUAGCCUCGAAGUUGGUUUCUGCUCUCCAUGAAUGCGAGACAAAGAAUAGUGGAAAUGCCGACGGCUGUCUGCGUGCUUUGGAAAUAGCCAAAUGCUUCCGCAGUAGCGUCCAUGACCUGGAAUGGUCACCCAAAGUUGAAUAUAUCGUUGAGGAAGUACUGACGGAAGUUUAA